GCAACGAACCCCGCUUUUGCGCAGACAUAGAAAGUCUACAAUCGCAUGUGCCAAUCAGUAUUCAUUGCAAAAACGUCGCCUGCGCUCAGCACUCAAUUUACUUCAUGGAAUUCUGAUGGCUUCUCGUCUACCCUUGCACCUUGAUUAAGAUUAUUCGUCUUUGGUCAGCGACCAGUCCAGCCCAUCGCUAGCCUCAGCCCUAUAAGUUUCCUUGUCCCUAAUCGAGAUGCUUUCAACUUAUGCCAGAGGGUCUUCUGUACCCAUCGAAUCCACAAUCGAUCUCGAAAACAUCCGGAACUGGCGCCGAGCUUGUCGCAAUACACACGGCGACUGCUGCAAUGACGACCAUGCGGGGACCUUGGCGCAGCACAUCGAUCGUCUAACACUAGUUGAUGUAUUUAAUGGCUCACUUGUCACUCUAUCCACUUCGUCGCCAAUUACCUACGUUGCUCUUUCCUAUGUGUGGGGUGCCGUGCCUAUGUUUAAGACGAAGAGAUCAAACAUCGACAUCCUGUUACAGCCGGGGGCUCUAUACAACAAGCAAAACGGCAUAGUGCUUCCUGAUACGAUCCGAGAUGCUAUAUAUCUGGCCAAGGCUCUAGGUGAGCGUUAUGUGUGGGUGGAUUGUCUGUCCAUCGUUCAAGAUGCAUGUUCAGAAGAGAUGGAAAUCACAUUGCGGGCUAUGGCUCGCAUAUACGCAAGUGCCGACUUUACGAUUGUUGCUUCCGAUGGAAACGACGCAGAUCAUGGCCUAAGAGGUGUCGGAGGUCCUUCGAAGAAUCGAAUCCCUAGUCCCCAAUCCUAUUCCCAUCUAUGGAGUGCCUACCCAGAAGAUUCGAAAUGGGCGAGUAGGGGCUGGACGUUUCAAGAAUCUCUGUUCUCCCGUCGUCUCCUCAUAUUUGGCAGCGCUGUGUCCUGGAUGUGUGGACGCUGUGAGUGGCGAGAGGGCAUCCAUAUGCUCAGAUGUACAGAAGAUAUCCACACCACUGAGGAAAAUGAAUGGCCAGCAGAGCGUCCGCAUCUUGGCGUACCAAUGGGUAUGAUGUCAUUGAUCCCUACGAUACCAUCGCUUGGGCGGUGGGGUAUGCUUUUGGAGAAUUUUUCUUCACGGCAUCUGACAUAUGAGAAAGACGCUCGGGCAGCAUUUGCAGGCGCUACAGAGAUCAUGAAUGCCACUUUCCCAGAAGGUAUACUCUAUGGCAUGCCGAAGUUCUUCUUCGACAUUGCGUUGCUCUGGUUACCUAAGGACUUCGUGUUGAGACGUGAGGGUGAACCUAGUUGGUCAUGUAUGGGCUGGAAAGACGGUAUCAUAGACUGCUUGUCUGCUUGGUACCCUUUCUACGCUAACAUCUUUCGUGAUUCGAAUCACUCAUCAGACUGGGUUCCCAUUGCAACCCUGAGAUCUGUGGCAGAGUACCGGAUGGCAGAUACAGCAGAUGGGAUAGACGCAGGAUUCAAUGGCUUUUACGAGUACCAGGCUUUCCGAGACUCUUCCUGUAGACAACUCCCUACGGGUUGGAGGCGACACCGCCACCCUAAUGGCGACUACUUUACGAACAUUCUCUCCUCGCGAAAGUAUUCAUUCCCUCUUCCCGGAGUAAGUUCUGCCAAGCGCCAGAUACACACCCCAUCUGCCCCCGUUCUCCACUGUUUCGCCCCAUGCGCUACACUGACAUUCGGGUGUACGGUAACUUGCGACAAAACACACCGCAUGAUGAUGGUCUUGUGUAAUGGCGAGGAGAUGGUGGGCAAUCUUACCCUGAUGUGCAAUAUUAAAGAAAACAUACCUCCACACGGCAGCCUUUGUGAGCUCAUCGCCAUCUUAGCAGCCGAAACCUCCCUUCCAGAGCGUGUAGCACAACGCGGGUGGCCGAUAAUGUCUUUUGGGAAAGACAGAAAGCUUCUUUCUUCAACAGCACGAAGUGAUGAAGGGGGCGUAUCUUUCUACAAUGUCAUGUGGAUCCAAUGGGUUGGAAAUAUCGCUGAAAGACGUGGAUUGGGUAUCGUACAUAAGGAAUUCUGGGACGCAUUAGAACCGGAACCCAGAGAGAUCAUUUUGGGUUGAGUCACGCACCGACUUUGAAAAGGCAAUCACGAUAUGCACUUAUCGAAAUUAUCCACUCCUUCCUCAAUCCUCACACUGUGGUGUGAUGGACCAAUGAAAGAGACCACAAAAAUUAUGCCAGAGACCGCCCACACGGAGCCAUCAGACAAGACCAGUACCACAAUGGUGCCAUGCAGCUGAUCCAAGUCGGUCUAUGCGAAAGCAUGAGCUCGCCGACCCUGACUGGUAAGUAUGAAGAGAUGAAUAGGGCGUAAGAUGAGAGUUUAUAUAGACGAUGGAAUAGACCACGAGGUGGAUUUAGGGGGAAGGCAGCAAGACACAUGUGACAUCACGUGAUUAAAGCUGCCUUUAGGUGGGUGUUGCGCGAUAGG